AUGGACAAGGAGGCGCCCCCCCCAUACGUCUCGUCCACUUCACCCUCGUCCACCUCCCCCGCCGAGCCGGGUCCCAGCACCCGCUCCAGCUCCAGCUCGCCUCAAACUCCCGCCUCGCCCCCAGAGUACAGCGCCCAAAAGAGGCUGGUCCUCUGGUGCGCAGAAGGUGGGGGAAAGCAACCCCGCCGCGCCCGCGAUCUCACAGUUGACCUCGCCCCACCGACAGUGUUGAGAAAGUUUUCCCUCGACAACCAGAACAUUACACACCUCCGGCACGGUGACGAUGGGUGUAGUCUUACCCCGCGACCAUUGGGAUACAUCCUCACAGGCAAGGUCGAAAUGUGGAGUGCGACUCAGCGUACACAAGAGUAUCAUUGGGGUGGUAUGGCUUGCGAUCGAGCUAUGAAAUGGCGCCUUGUCGGGGCAACCGACGGUGCUCACAUCCGACGUGACCUCCACACCGUCGUGGACAUUGUUCCGCACCAGCGGAUACACUCAUCCCGAGUUCUGGCAGGGGCGCGUGAGGUGCGCACCGGCAAACCCGACCGGGAUUUGCGCGCUGCCCUCACCGCCCAAGGUGGUGUAGCCGUCUGGAAUGUAACCUCGGCUGCCUAUCUCGCAGGUGAAGAGGACACGUACCUGUCCUGUUUGCCUGGAUUGGAUCCAGAGGCAGAACCCUCCUUCAAGAUUCUGGACAAAACAGAAGAAGGGAUGCACUGGGCCCGUUGGGCGACAGCAGAGGUCGGCGGAGGUACAGCCACACGACAAAAACGACAUGCUCGGAACGUACUCGAUUUUGACGUUGGCAGCAUCGUGGUUGCAUUGAAAGAGGGAGGAGAAGUGUGGCUUUGUAUUGUCGACCGGCCAGAUAAUAUCCGAGUCGUUGCCCGAGCUGACCUCGUCGGCAUCUAUCGUCUCGCCUCCGACGACGACGACGAGCCAACUUACAACCAGCCCGUCGCAUACGUCGUCGACCUACGAGCUGGCGUGCGCGUGUACCCCAUCCAGAGUGGCGGAGAGGGCAUGCCAUUUGCCCAGUUAUCACUGCAACCCCUUGUCGAUGGGUACCAGGCGGCCGCGCGCACGCCGUCCGGUGAGGUGCACGCGUGGAUGCGGGGUACUUGCCCCAGUACCAGUCCCAGUAGCGGCAAUCCCUCGGCGUUGUGGGCCCCUCGAACACCUUCACCGACGCAACCGAGUGGAUCACGACUGGCGUCCCACGACUCACAGCCGUCGACGCGCAGUAGCCCGGAAGUUGGCUUGGGAGCGAGGUCCGAGACCAACCCCAACCAGCUUGACGUGACUAUCUGUGCAACUCAGGUGACGGAACUGGUCGAGCUGCCGCAUACGCGUGAUGGCCAACUGUUUCCCGUGUCAGUAGGGGUGGGGUGUGCCCUGUGCGUGAGCAUGGAGUUGGACGAGUUGGGCGACUCGAGCAAGAAGCGGCGGGGCCUGGGAAUCAUGGGACUGGGGCUGCUGGGCAAAGGCAAGGGCAAGAAGGCGGGGUAG